AUGGUUGGAGAAUUACAACGCCAACAAAACAUUAAGAAAGCCAAAUCAUUUCAUUUGAAAAGGAUGUUUGAAAACCCAGGAAAAAGAAAUGCUCACAGCUGGAUCCUUGACAAUAGAAGUGGAGGGAAUACUGUUGAUGACAAGGUGCAAUCAAGAAAUCAUAUACCUAAGCAUGUGGGUGAAUCUCUUCGUCAUAGUCAUAGUCAAUACAUAGGAAGUCCUCUUAAUCUUUCUGACACUGCCGGAGCUAAAAUACCAAAUGCUCGAGCAAGGCGUCCCUCGGAUGUGGAUAUGAUGAAGGAAAGGUUUGCUAAGUUGCUUCUGGGUGAAGACAUGUCUGGUGGUGGAAAAGGUGUUUCCUCAGCCUUGGCUUUGUCCAAUGCAAUCACAAACCUAGCUGCAUUUAUUUUUGGAGAACAAAAGAGAUUAGAACCUAUGAACCCAGAGAGGAAAACAAGGUGGAAAAAAGAAAUUGAUUGGCUUCUAGCAGUGACAGAUCACAUUGUUGAAUUUGUUCCUUCACAACAAUCCAAGGAUGGAAUCAAUAUGGAGAUCAUGGUUACACGGCAAAGAAGUGAUCUGCUAAUGAACAUCCCUGCUCUGCGCAAGCUUGACAGCAUUCUCAUUGACCAACUAGAACAGUUUGAAAACCAGACAGAGUUCUGGUACGUGUCCAGAGAUGGAGAAGAUUCAGAGCAAGGAACCAUGCCAAGAAAUGGUGACAAAUGGUGGAUUCCCACUGUUAAGGUUCCUCCAGAAGGGCUAUCGGAAGUAACACGAAGAUGGCUGAAAUUCCAGAAGGAUUCUGUGAAUCAAGUACUUAAAGCAGCCAUGGCAAUAAAUGCACAGGUGCUAUCAGAAAUGGAGGUCCCCGAGAACUACAUCGAGUCCCUUCCCAAGAAUGGAAGAGAAAGCCUUGGAGAUUCAAUUUACAAGAGUAUAACAGUCGAGUUCUUUGAUCCCGAGCAAUUCCUGUCAACCAUGGACCUGUCAACCGAGCACAAAGUACUUGAUCUCAAGAACAGGAUUGAGGCUUCUAUUGAGAUUUGGAAGAGAAAAAUGCACCAAAAGGAUGGAAGGUCUUCCUGGAGCUCAGGGGUGAGCUUAGAGAAAAGGGAAAUCUUCGAAGAGAGAGCAGAAAUCAUAUUAAUCAUCCUCAAACAAAGAUUCCCAGGACUUCCACAAUCUGCCUUAGAUAUAAGCAAGAUUCAGUACAGCAAGGACGUAGGACAGGCCAUUCUAGAAAGUUACUCAAGAACAAUAGAAAGCUUAGCAUUCACAAUCCUGUCUAGGAUUGAGGAUAUUUUCUAUUCAGACUCUAUGACAAGAACUCUAAAGUCAGUAUCUGAUGAAAGUUCAGAGAACGAGAAACCAGAGGAAGAAACAGACAAGUUGAGCUCUGCAGAGACAACACCAUUGACACUCUCAGAUUUCAUGGGAUGGAAUGUAGGUACCAAGAAAAAUUACUUCCACAAUACAGAGAGCCACUUCAAGGGCGAACAUGAUAAGAAGCUCAAACUCAUUGGGAGCAAGAGAUUUUCCUACUUGGAGAAGCUUGAAAGUUUGAGUGUAAUGAGAAGUCCAGCUUCUCGGCAUUAAACAUCAUCAACGAAUGUAGAAAAAAAAAAGGAGAAAAAGAAGAAAGAUGAAAAGAAAAAAGAGAGGAACAGAUAUAAAAUGACAAACAUACAGAAAUGUAGUUAGAGAACUUCAUUUAUCAAAUGUAUAUAACAAACAACCUGGUAGGAGUCUGUUGGGUCAGUAAUUGUUCUAUUGUUCUUCCUCGAAAGACAGGAUAGAGAAAUCUCCAUAAAAAACUACUGAGUUUGAUGCAUUUGAAACAUACUUUCUGGUCUUCUUUCAAUCCUUUCUAUUCAUCGAAC